AUGGAUGCCAGCGUCAUCCUUCGCAAAUACACCCUCGCAGAAGCACUUCUUCGUAUUGAGAUCUUUACCGAGCCCUUCGAUCCAAUCCUGUGGAAAGCAUGGGCAGUCCGGAUGCAUGUCCUGCUGGUCUUCAUGGUCCAACCCCAGUCUGAGGCGGCCAGCGUGGAGAUCAUCCUAUCCCUUCCGUGCAAUAUCCCUGUCCUGGCCCAAGUGGAGAUACACCUUGCGACAGCUCGCACUAUAGAAGGCAGUCGUCGGAUGAUACCUCGGAUUGCAGACCACCUUUCUGCCAUAGAAGGCGGUCGUCAGAUGAUACCUCGGAUUGCGGACCACCUUUCUGCCAUCAUUCCUCAUAGUUUGACUGCCCGCGUUCUGUACGACGACCCUGCUGUCCACGAGGACUUUGGUUUAGGGCACCUGUCAGACAGUCUCCCUGACAUUGGAACCUUGCACCUUCGGAUUGAGACAUUGCGCAAUGCGGCCCGCGAACUGUACAAUGUCAUGUGUGGAAUCACCGGUAGAUGCGAGUUGGCGGAUGGUACUUUGAGACGGUUGCAGAUCGUAGUUGAGGAGUUAGAGGUAGCGUUUGGGCUCGUAGCGUUCCCUCCUCCGAUAACCAGCUUCCAAUUGGUGUCGGACUAG